AUGACUGCCUUCCGAAUCGUAGCGUUUCCGUAUCCGAAGAAUUGGAAGAGAGCCUCGACUUGCCAUUUGCGAGCAUACACUGCCCGACUGCAACCUCCUUCCGCCAGAAAAGGGCUCCCUUCAACCUCCUUCUCGCGCUUCUCGACCACCACUUCCGCAUUAGCUCUCAACAUGCGUCUCGAGGCUGGAAAGUUGUCGGAAUGGCAAGAUGGCAUGAUGAAAGAAAUUCCUCUGGACCCUCAGGCGGACAAGUCACCCAAGGUGCUUGUAUCCAAAGUCAUGGGCAAAAUUCACGCCACCUCGUCACGAUGUACCCAUUAUGGCGCAUCUCUGAUCAACGGAGUCUUGGCUUCCGACGGCUGUUUGACCUGUCCUUGGCAUGGGGCCAAAUUCUCGGUUUGUAAGGAUGGUGACAUCGAGGAUGCACCAGGCUUGAACGCUUUACAGUCGUUCAAGGUCGUGAUCGAGGACGACGGUGUAUUUGUUGAAGUCGAUCCUGAACUCGUCAAGGCGACAGAAUUCGGUCGGACACCUGCAAAAUGCAGAUCGACCGGCCAAAAAGCGAGCAAUCAACCAGGGGUAGUGGUCAUCGGGGGUGGAUCCGGCGGCCAUUAUUUCGUCGAAGAGAUCAGAAGGCUCAACUACAACGGGAGCGUUACCCUGAUUAGCCAAGAGCCCAACUUACCGAUUGACAGAACUAAAUUAUCUAAAGCUUUAAUCACCGAUCCCAAAAAAAUUGCAUUCCGAGAUGAAGCGUUCUACCGUGACACGGAAAUAGAUCUCCAGAUCGGCAAGACCGUAAAUAAAAUUGACUUGGAAGGUCAAUCGGUAAGCUUAUCGGAUGGCUCCACCAUCAAAUAUUCAAAAUUGGUGGUUGCGACGGGUGGAAUCCCACGAAAAUUGCCCUUAGACGGAGCCGACCUCGAGGGCAUCAGCGUCAUGCGAGCAAUUCCGGACGCUCAAAAGAUCCAGUCCCUGUUGUCCGGCGCCAGUCCCGACAAGAAGAAAACGAUCGCUCUUAUUGGAUCAAGUUUUAUUUCCAUGGAGCUGGCGAUCUGUGCAGCCAAGAAGGAGAAUGUCGAAGUACAUGUGAUUGGAAUGGAUAAAAUCCCCUUGGCAAAGAUUCUAGGCGACAAGAUCGGGAACGGGAUUAAAAAAUCACACGAAAAAAACGGCGUUGUAUUCCACCUGGAAGCCAGUCUAGAGAAAUUCGUGCCCUCUGAAUCUAACCCUUCUCAUGUCGGAGGAGUGGCCUUGAAGGGAGGCGAAGUAGUCAAGUGUGACGGUGUGGUACUCGGGGUGGGGGUUAUGCCUAACACUGAUCUGCUCAAGGCGGCAGGUAUAGCCUUGGAAAAAGACGGUAGUGUGGUGGUUGACGAAUAUCUACGAAUCAAAGACUCGAAAGCUCGGAACACGAUCUACGCCAUCGGAGAUAUUGCCAAAUACCCCGAUUUAUUGACUGACGGAGCGUUGGUCAGAAUUGAGCACUGGAAUGUCGCAGGCAACCACGCUCGGGCUGCAGCAAAGAACAUUGUUCAAGAGCAAAAGUCAGAAUCGUUGGUAGCUUUUACUAAACCGGCCAUUUUCUGGUCAGCGCAAGGUGAACAGUUACGAUACGUCGGAACCGGAAAGGCUUCUCAAUGGGAAGACGUGAUCAUAGACGGAAGUGCCGAUGAUCUCAAUUUCGUAGCAUACUACUACAAAGGCGAUGAGGUCGUAGCGAUUGCGACCAUGAAAAAAGAUCCCAUGAUGGUUCAAGCAGCUGAGCUUUUUGCUCGCAAGAAAUUUCCGUCCGUGUCGGAGAUUCGCAAGGGCAUGAACUUGAUGUCACUCAAGCUGUAA